AUGACCACAACGAGCGCAUCGUUGUUGUGUUCAGUAAGUAUCGCGACGAUCCGUCGCGGGUGGCGAGGAGCGUCCUCCUCCGGCCGCACCCCGAGCGCGCACGAGACCGUUCCGGCGGCGGUGCAUGCUCCGAGGAUUCGCGCCCCGCCGCUGCGAAGGACGCCGCGCGCCCCCGGGGCCGUCGCCGAGCCCCCGGGUCCGACGUCCCCCUUGACAGACACGAGCUCCUCGAACUGGCGCGACAACCCCUUCGCGCGAUACUGCGACGACGCCAUGGCCAUCCCGGAGGUGGUCGAGGGCCUCCGCGUGCUCGAACAGACCCAUCCCGAGAUUGACGGAAACGUGGUGCUCUUCGCGGUGUGGCGCGCGACGCGGGGCGGGGACGCGCGUCCAAUGUCUCACGCCGCGCUGCGCAAGGCGACCAAAAUAUCGGAGCGAUGGCGAUGGCGCGUCACCGACGGUCUCGCGCGCGUCGAGGCGUCCCUGCGCGGACCCGACCUCGCGGAGUCGCCCCAAGCCGCGAACCUCGCAGCCGCCGUAGCCGCGCUGGGCGACGAGGUCGACGACGUGGCCAGGGCGGCGCUGUUCGAGCUGGCGGCCUCAGAGGCGUGGUGGUCCGACGGUGACGACGCGGGCGGUGGCGGCGACGACGCGGGCGACGCGUUGGCGUACGAGUCGGGCAAGGCGACCGUGCGGGGCCCGACGGCCGUCGCCGCGGCGAAUCUGCGAAUGUACCUGCUGGAAUACCUCGGAGCUCGGUUCAUCGCGAACGAGUGGCGACGCGUGCGGGGGGUGCUGGACGGGUGCCUCGCGGUGGGGGGCGUCGACGCACACGCCGACAUCAUCGGCAUCGUGGACGCGCGGGGCGGGACCGUCGGUGACGCGCCAUCGUCAUCGAGCGGCAUGAGCGACGAGGCGUGGCGGGCGGUGCGAGGGUGCGUGGACCUUACGAUGACCAAGCCGCGGCGCGAUCGUCCCGGGGAGGCCAACAGGCGGUACAUCGACGCGAGGCGUAACCUGCGAGAUGCGGACAGGCUGUGGAAGGCGACGUGCGAGGACUACAGGCGGGCGAGACGGACGGUGAAGCACGCGCGUCACGAGGUGCACAAGAGCAGGAAAGCCGUCAGGGUGGAGUUCCGAUGA